AUGUCAGGUUCAGUCCCCCAUCCCUUCGAUCCUCUCAGCGGAGAGGAAAUUCGCCUCGCUACCUCUAUUGUGCGCAAAGAGCAUGGUGAUGCAGUCCACUUCCACGUCAUAACGCUCCAGGAGCCGCGCAAGGCUGAGAUGGUCGCCUGGCUUGCCAAUCCAUCCAGCGGCGCCAGGCCUCGACGUGUUGCAGAAGUUGUUAUUAUUGAUCCCAGAGAUGGCAAAGGCCAUGUCUACGAUGGUCUCGUCGACUUGAAGAGUCAAAGGAUCACAAAGUGGGAGCGCGCUGAAGGACAGCAGCCCAUCCUCAUCGUCGAAGAAAUGCUCGAAGUCGAACAAGCGUGUCGCAAAGACCCCCAAGUCAUUGAGCAAUGCCGAAUUAGCGGAAUCGCCGCAGACGAGAUGCACAAAGUCUUCGCCGACCCAUGGACCAUCAGUCACGACACUCGAUAUGGUAGCAGCACACGCCUUUUCCAAGGCUUGAUGUACUUCCGUCCAGAUGUCGAUAACUGCCAAUACCAAUAUCCUCUUGACUUCCAUCCGAUCUAUGAUCCCAGGAAGAAAGAGGUCAUCGCUAUCGAUAUUCCUCGCGUUCGACGACCUCUCCAAAGAAACAAGGCGGUGGAUUAUCAUCAUCUGUAUAUCCAGAAAGAGGGCGGCUAUAGAAAGGACUUGAAGCCGAUUUACAUCUCCCAGCCAGAAGGCGUUUCGUUCAAUAUCAACGGGAGGGAACUCGAGUGGCAGAAUUGGAAGUUUCAUAUUGGCUUCAAUUAUCGUGAGGGUAUUGUCUUCAACAACAUUACCUUCAACGAUAAGGGAAACGUCAGGCCAAUCUUCUAUCGCAUGUCUCUUUCCGAGAUGGUCGUUCCCUAUGGUCACCCCGAGCCUCCUCAUCACCGCAAACAUGCCUUCGAUCUGGGCGAGUAUGGUGCCGGAUAUCUGACAAACAGUCUCUCACUUGGCUGUGACUGCAAGGGUGCCAUUCAUUAUCUCGAUGCAGAGCUGCCAACUCAGACCGGUCAGAUCCGCAAGAUUGAGAAUGCCAUAUGCAUCCAUGAGGAAGACGAUGGCAUUCUGUUUAAGCACACCGACUUCCGAGACAACUCGACCAUUGUCACGCGUGCUCGAAAGCUUAUCGUUCAGCAUGUCUUUACUGCUGCCAACUAUGAGUAUGCCAUUCAAUGGGUGUUUCACCAGGACGGAACAAUCCAGCCUGAUAUCAAGCUCACAGGUAUCCUCAACACCUAUGUCAUGAACCCCGGUGAGGAUCUUCAAGGCUAUGGAACGCAUAUCGAACAAAAAUAG